AUGGGACAAAAUGGAAGUACUACACAUAAAAAUAAUGUUAUCGAUAAAUCUAAUAAUAAUAGUAUGGAUCUUUCACCACUGUUUUAUGAACGUAAAUUAUUAAAACGAUGUGAACAUAUUGAUUUUGAUAUUGAUGCAUGGUACAAGAUUUUGCAUAAUGAAACAUUUCAUACAGAAUUUAUUUCAAUUUCACCAACAAUUGCUCGAGCGUUUGUUAAUUAUUAUCAAACACGUUAUAAUUCAAAAAAUUUCUUGACUUUUAAUGAUUUAAAAUCAAUUCAAUCUAUACAAGAUCAAUUAAAAGAACAAAUAAAUGGUAGUUUUAUUCGUUUAAGUUCACGAAGUCCAAAAGAUGGUCAACCAUUAGAUAUGGAAACAUUAAAAAAAUUCUAUUAUCAAGAAUUAAAUCUAUUAAAAACGAAUUAUCCCAAUGAAUAUGAUACUAUUAAUGGUAAAGCAAAUAUAGAAAUGAUUGCUUAUUGUUAUGGUCAAUUUCAUUCAUUAAAAGUUACAAAUGAAUUCGAAGCAUUAAAUUUAAUUUUAUCAAGUGAAAGAAUUUUUCUUGAUUUACUCGAUGCACUCUAUUGUCAAGAAGUACAAGAUAAGAAAAAUCUUAAUCUAAAUAAUAUUAAACUUCAUGAUUGGAAUAAUAAUAUAAUUAUUCGUGAAUGGAAUAAUUCAUUAGAUCCAUCAAUGGAAUUUCGUUGUUUUGUUUAUCAAUCAAAUUUAACUGCAAUAUCACAAUAUAAUCAUUAUUAUAAAUUCUAUCAUUUACAGAAUGAUUUAAUUAUUCAACAAAUUAAAAAUGUAAUUAUUAAAUAUUGGGAAGAAAAAUUAAAAUCGAUUUUAGAUAAAUUUACAGAAAAAUAUUCAAAUUGUAUUAUUGAUAUAGGUGUAAUUAAAAAUAAUUUAACUGAUGAAUUUGAAUGUAUAGUUAUUGAAAUGAAUCCAUUUGCAUCAAGUACUGGUCCAAGUUUAUUUAAUUGGAAAAUAGAUUAUGAUCAAUUAACAGGUGAAAAAAAUGAAAUUGAAAUACGUAUAAGAUCCGAUUUUUAUCCAAAUAUUGAUGAAUAUAUUAAAUUUGUUUUUCAAGAGAUUAAAUUUAAUUCAGAAGAUAAUGUAUUACAUAAUGAUGAUGAUGAUGAUGAACCUUAUUUUUUGUUUUUAAAUAAAAUAAAGACACAACUUUCUGCAUAG